AUGCGGCCAUCAACCAUUUUCCUCGCCGCCCAGGCUCUCCGCGCCCAAUAUACAGCAAUCGCAACCUCUUCGCAGUCCUGCACAGACUACGACAUCAAUGUCAGCGUCGAGCGGACCACGCGCGAAACCUUCCAAGACCGCGCAUACAGCGCCGACAUUUUGUAUGCGCUCGCCCGCAAGGAAAUUCUCGUCUCGAAUGAGUACACACUUUCCUCCCGGCUGUGCACUCCGGUUGAGAAGGCACAGGAGGACCACACCGAUACGAUCCAGCUCCUCGUUCAUGGCGCGUCAUUCAACAAAGUCAUGUGGGACCUGCCCUACCAGCCAGAGCGGUACAGCUGGGUCAAACGCAUGAGCGAGGAGGGCUAUCCUACACUGGCAGUGGACUUGAUAGGCAACGGAAACAGCACGUUCCCCGACGGCUUGCUCGAGGCCCAGACGCAGACAUACGUUGAGAAUAUCCACGAGGUGAUUCAGAAGCUGCGGCGUGGCGAGGUCGAUGGGAAGAAGUGGAAGAAGAUCGUCUUCGUCGGCUUCUCCAUCGGCGGCAUCGUGGCCAACUCGCUCGCGCAGCAGUACCCCGACGACGUCGAUGCCAUCGUGCUCCAUGGCAUCUCGUGGGACGCGUCGUGGAUCUAUCCCGCCUUCUUGUCCGGCCUGCAAGCUCCCGCACAGCAGAUUGAUCCGGACAAGUGGGGUCAUGUGCCGGCGACGUAUCAAACGCAGUCAACGCGCGAGGGACGCAUCACCGCGUGCUUCUCUGGCGCCUACGAUCCCAACAUUUUGGAGGUUGACUGGAACACUCGAGACUUCGACUCCUUUGGUGCCGCCAUGACCUUCACAUAUCACCUUGUCGAUGCUCCUGAAUACAAGGGCCCUGUUUUUCUGGGAAUUGGCGAAAGAGACUCGACGUUCUGUGGAGGCGAAGUCUGUGGCAGCCAGCCGUAUGCUCUCUUCGACAAAUUUCCCAAGGCAUCCACGCAUGACAUCAAGGUUUAUCCUGAAACUGGGCAUCUCAUCCUCUAUCAUUACAGUGGACAGGAUCUGAUGACAGACACGCUUUCUUUCCUCAAGAACGUUGGCUUUUGA